AUGGCUUCUCUUACCAAGGGGGCGAUCCCCGAUCCUACAGCAGACCUUCAUUGGUCCGACUUCAAAGGCCCAAUUCACGAAAUCUUCGCUGGAAACGCGCGCAAGCACCCCGAGCGGCCAUGUGUUGUCGAGACGGCUACAAGCAGGACACCAGAACGCAGGUUCACAUAUAAGCAAAUCUCUGAGGCGACUUCGAUAUUAGCACAUCAUCUCGUGCAGAAUGGCAUACAGAGAGGCGAAGUCGUCAUGAUCUUUGCCCAUCGAGGUGUUGAUCUCGUGGUAGCCAUCAUGGCCGUGCUGGCGGCAGGAGCAACCUUCUCAGUGCUGGACCCAUUAUACCCCCCUGACCGCCAAUGCAUCUAUUUCGAAGUCUCCGAGCCGCGCGCCCUCGUCGUCAUCGACAAGGCCACUCGCGAAGCGGGGCCUCUCUCCGACCAGGUGCGCACAUACAUCAAGGAGAACCUCCAGUUGAGGACAGAAGUACCAGCACUCGAGCUUAGGGAUGAUGGGACACUGGUCGGCGGAGUCAAGAACGGCAAAGACGUUUUGGAAGAGCAGCAGAAGCUCAAGGCAGAGCUGCCGGGAGUGCUGGUUGGGCCAGACUCGACGCCGACACUUUCAUUCACAUCGGGCUCAGAGGGAAAGCCCAAGGGAGUCAAGGGGCGGCACUUUUCGCUGACCCACUACUUCCCUUGGAUGGCCGAAACUUUUGGAUUGUCUGAGAAUGACAAGUUCACAAUGCUUUCUGGCAUCGCUCACGAUCCCAUCCAGCGAGACAUAUUCACCCCACUGUUUCUUGGUGCACAACUACUAGUACCCAGCAAAGAAGACAUCCAGCAUGAGAGGCUUGCUGAGUGGAUGCGCAAGUACGGUGCAACGGUCACACACCUCACUCCUGCUAUGGGUCAAAUUCUGGUCGGAGGUGCAUCAGCCAUAUUUCCCACCCUGCAUCACUCGUUCUUCGUCGGAGAUCUUUUGAUCAAGCGAGACUGUAGGAGACUCCAGAACCUAGCUCCGAACGUCCGAAUCGUGAAUAUGUACGGUACGACCGAGACCCAGCGAGCUGUCAGUUACUAUGAGCUGCCGAGCUGCACAGAAGCUCCUGAAUUCCUGGAUGCAAUUGGCGAAGUCAUUCCAGCAGGCCGCGGAAUGAACAACGUCCAGCUGCUCGUCGUAGAUCGCGAAGAUCGAAACAAGAUCUGCGAACCUGGUCAAAGCGGUGAAAUCUACGUGCGAGCGGGCGGUCUGGCCGAGGAAUACCUGGGUCUACCCGAUAUGACAAAUAUGAAAUUUGUCGAAAACUGGUUUGUGGACAACCAGAAGUGGGUACAGGAAGAUAAGAAGAAGGUGGAGAGCCUGGGCGUGGCUGAGCCAUGGCGAGACUUUUACAAGGGCCCACGAGACAGACUCUAUCGCUCUGGAGACUUGGGCCACUAUGGUCCGGAUGGAAACGUCCAUUGCACAGGGCGCGUCGAUUCGCAGGUCAAGAUCCGAGGUUUCCGCAUCGAGCUGGGUGAGAUCGACUCCCAUCUCUCUGCUCAUCCUUUGGUUCGCGAGAAUGUCACAUUGCUUAAGCGCGAUGCCUAUGAGGAGCCAACCCUCGUCAGUUACAUCGUUCCUGAGAUGAAGCGAUGGUAUGACUGGCUCGAAGAGCGUGGCGCGAAAGACCAUGAUUCUGUGGAAGACACCAGCUUGGUCACACUGCUGAAACGAUUCAAGUAUCUUCGAGAUGACGUGCGCGAACAUCUCAAGAAGAAACUGCCAGCUUAUGCGGUGCCAUCGGUCAUUGUCCCGCUUAUCCGAUUCCCCUUGAACCCGAACGGCAAGAUUGAUCGACCAGCACUACCAUUCCCAGAGCCUGCGGAACUAGCAGCAGCAGGUGCCAGACGCCCUUCACAGCUCGGUGCGGCGCUGACGCCUACGGAGAAGACUAUGGCUGGUAUCUGGGCAGAACUUCUCGGUGAUCGAGGAGUGACAACUGACAGCAUAGGCGGCACCGACUCCUUUUUCGACCUUGGUGGACACAGCAUCAUUGCUCAACAGCUCCUGUUCAAAAUCCGCCAACAGUGGAAAGACAUCGAUGUACCAAUGACCACUAUCUUCCAGUAUCCAACACUACGUGGCUUUUCGGCAAACAUCGACCAGGCAUUGGAUCCUAUCGGUCUGCGUCUCGACACUACUGAAGCGAUUGACGACGACCCGGAAGACGAGGCCUACUCAGCAGAUGCAAGAGAGUUGGCCUCGCAACUAACUGACUUCAAAACAAGGGAACCUUUGAAGCCAGGUGACGAAGUGCACACCUUUUUGACCGGCGCUACCGGUUUCUUAGGAGCCUACAUUCUCCGAGACGUCUUAUCAAGGCCCGGCAAAGUCACUGUUCUAGUCCGCGCUCAGAACAUCGAUGCAGCGCUCAACCGUGUACGUCAAACAUGCCAGGCAUAUGGCAUCUGGGAGGAUGCCUGGGAGUCUCGUCUUGAGCCUCUCGUUGGAGACCUAGAGAAACCAAACUUUGGCCUCGCCGUGGACACUUGGAACAAGCUAGCAGAUUCCGUCGACGUGGUCAUACACAAUGGUGCUCUUGUCCAUUGGGUCUUACCAUACUCUCGUCUCCGUGGUCCUAACGUAGUAUCAACCAUGACCGCCCUCGCUAUGUGCGCGGUUGGCAAGCCCAAGAACUUCAGUCUCGUCAGCUCAACCUCUGUUCUCGACACAGACUAUUUCGUAAAGCUAUCCGAUAAGAGCCUCGCAGAAGGCGGCACAGGUGUUCCCGAGGCGGAUGACCUAGAAGGUGCCCGCAAGGGGUUGGGAACCGGUUACGGCCAGUCCAAGUGGACUGCCGAGUACCUCACCCGACAAGCCGGUAAGAAGGGCCUCAGUGGCUGCGUAAUCCGCCCAGGUUACGUCCUCGGCGACCCUGAUCAUGGCACCACCAAUACCGACGACUUCCUCGUACGCAUCCUGAAGGGCUGCAUCCAACUCAAAUCCCGGCCCGACAUCACGAACACCAUCAACAUGGUUCCCGUAACACACGUCGCUCGCGUCGUCGUAGCGUCUUCCUUCAACCCACCCGUAUCACCAAUCGGCGUGGCGCAAAUAACCUCGCACCCUCGAAUUACAUUCAAUGAAUUCCUUGGGAGCUUAGAGAGCUUCGGCUACAGCGUGCCCCAGGUAUCUUACGCGGAAUGGAAGAAGAAUAUGGAGACUUAUGUGGCAGAUCGAUCAGGCACGAAGGAAGAAAGCGCGCUACUGCCGCUCUACCACUUUGUGACAGGAGAUCUCCCUGCUGAUACCAAAGCACCCGAACUGGAUGACAGGAAUGCUACGGAAGCGUUAAAGCGGGAUGAAGCAUGGACUGGCCAGGAUUGGAGCGCUGGUGGUGCAGUCACAGAGGACACAAUGGGUGUGUAUAUCAGCUACCUUAUCGAGCUCGGCUUUAUGCCUAAGCCCGAAGCGAAGGGUCUUAAGGAUUUGCUGGUGAGCAAGAUGACAGAUGCUAUGAAGGAGGGCAUGAAGUUGGUUGGUGGACGGAGGGGUGUCUAG